AUGGCCUAUUCCCUCCCGGAACUCCCCUACGCUUACGACGCCCUGGAGCCGCACAUCGACGCGCGGACCAUGGAAAUCCACCACACAAAGCACCACAACGCGUAUGUCACCAAGGUGAACGACGCCCUCGAGGGCUCGGGCGUGGCGGAGCAGUCGAUCGAAGACCUGUGCCGCAACAUCGCGUCGGUCCCCGAGAACAUCCGCGGUGCGGUCCGCAACAACGGCGGUGGCCACGCCAACCACUCGCUGUUCUGGACCGUGAUGAGCGGCUCCGGCGGCGGCGCCCCCAGCGGCGACCUGGCCGCCGCGAUUGACGCCGAGCUGGGCGGCUUCGAGAAGUUCAAGGAGGCCUUCUCCAACGCCGCGGCCACCCGUUUUGGCAGCGGCUGGGCCUGGCUGAGCGUCGACGGCGGCAAGCUGAUCGUCGAGAGCACCCCCAACCAGGACAACCCCUACAUGGAAGGCCGCACGCCGAUCCUGGGCCUGGACGUCUGGGAGCACGCGUACUACCUCCACUACCAGAACCGGCGGCCCGACUACAUCAGCGCGUUCUUCAACGUGGUGGACUGGUCGGCCGUGGCGGACCGCUACGCCGCCCCGCGGGCUUCCCGCGGGGCCUUUCUUUGUGGUGCCGCGCAGCGGAUCUGGAUUGGCGGGCAAAUCGGCGUUGACUCGACCGGCCCGCCUCCUAUACUCCGCCGCGGUUGGCUGAUCCGCCGUGCCGGCGCCGCAUGCAUUUUGCAAAGCGUGCCGAUCCGGCUGGACCACCGGCCCGGCACGGACGCCAUGCGAGCCUUCCCAGCGAAAACUCAGCGGUACGCCGCGUUGCUGAUCCUUCUGACUGCGAUGACCACCGGUUGCCGCAGCUCUUCUCGCUGGGCGUCGUUGAACCCGUGGUCCAGCGGGGACCAGGAAACCUCGAUCGCUGCGCGGACCGCCCCGGAGCUGCCCACGGCCCAAGCGAGCAAUCCCGGCGGGGGCGCCGCCCUCGCGAGCUCCGCCUCGGCCACGUCGGACGCGCCGGCCUUCCAGCCGGCGGCCACGGCGCCGACCACCACUCCACCGUCCUCCGCGUACCCCACCACCGGGGUCGCGAGCGCCCCACCGGCGACAACCGCGCCGUCGACUCCGGCCUACCCGAGCACCAACAGCUACGCCGCUGCGUCGGCGCCCGCUGCGGCGGCUUCGCCGGCCGCUGGCCCGUACGAUCCCAACGGCUACACACCGCCGGCCCCGACAACGCCCGCCGCGCCCGCCGACCGCUACGCCGACAACCUGGUUUCCGCGGGGGAUCGCUACGGGGCCGUCUCGUCGCCGCUCGCCGGCCUGCAGCCGUCUUCGCCGGCCGCACAGCCCAUCACGUCCACGCCCGCCGCACCGAGCAUGCCGCACGUCAGCCAGACGGCCGCCCAAUCGGCGCCGGUCAACAGCGUCCCCGGCGGGUACCGACCGGGCGGCACCUCGAGCUACGACUCGCAGGUUAGCGUCGCGCUGAGGACCGCCCCAACGGCGACUCAGCCACCCCAGACGCAGGCGGCCCCUGCCGCCCAGCCGCAGGGCUCACCAGCGGCGCCGUCCUACCCGAGCACCGAGGCGUACCGUUACUAG